UAUCAAAAAUCCAAAUAUUAAAAAAAAACAACUGGACCGAUCUAUAAAAAAAACGCAGUAUUAGGUUAUAUUUAUUAUAAGUUAUUUUCAUCAUGACUACUAUCAGACCUUUUACAUGUGAAGACAUGUUGAAAUUUAAUAAUGUGAACUUGGACCCUUUGACCGAAACCUAUGGUUUAUCAUUCUAUACUCAAUACUUGGCUCAUUGGCCAGAGUAUUUCCAAGUCGCAGAAUCACCCAGUGGGGAAAUAAUGGGAUACAUUAUGGGGAAAGCGGAGGGCCUUGGUGAGAACUGGCAUGGACAUGUUACUGCAUUGACUGUCAGCCCUGAUUACCGAAGGCUUGGGCUAGCAGCUACUUUGAUGAGUAUUUUAGAGGAUGUGUCAGAAAAGAAAAAAGCAUACUUUGUGGACUUAUUUGUGAGAGUGAGCAACAAAGUAGCCAUCAACAUGUAUAAGAACUUGGGCUACAUUGUUUAUAGGACUGUAUUAGAAUAUUAUUCUGGGGAUCCUGAUGAAGAUGCCUAUGACAUGAGAAAAGCCUGUUCGAGGGAUGUGAAUAAGACUUCUGUUAUACCUUUAGCACAUCCUGUUAGACCUGAAGAUGUGGAUUGAAUGAUCAAAAUAUACUAAUAAAAUUGUAAAUUUUU